UGUGACUUUUGAUAAAACAUUAAGUGCUAUUUUUGUGAUUUUUGACCUUGAGUGCUAGUUUCGAAACAAAAAUUUGAUUUAGUGAUAUUUUUGUCUUUUUCUCAAACACUUUUGUGUGUAUAUGGUACUUGUAUAUGAAAGUUUCGAUAAAAAAUAGGUGGUUUACCCUUAGUCUUAAUUGUAAACUUUAUUUCUCCGAAUAGUCUUAAUUGUUUAUUCAUUGAGUAUUAUCAAACGGAUAAGUACAUACUGACUUAGUUAUUUAUCAUUUAUUUGUCAGUUGUGAUCUUGUGAAGAUCUCUCUAUACUGCAUAAUCUAAAACCCCUCAAUAACCUAAUUCAUUGAGUAUAUAUACACGUAUAAUAAGUUACGAUAAAACAUAGAAAGAGGGGAGAAUAUAUAUUAUACAAUGGAGAAUAUUGAAAUGAGUAGAAGAGAUGUGAUUGUAUUCAGAGGAAUAUGGUAUGUAAUGACUCUACUCUCGCUCUUUGGCCUCUCCGUAUCACUCAAUCUUCUGUGGCCACCUGGGGGAAAGUCACCAGCAUCUUCUCGUUUCCUCAGGGACGGCGCUGUGAGUGCCACAACAUUCUAUGCAGUGACGGUACUCAGGUAUCUCUUAUUCACCGAUCCUCCUUCCACUAAUGGUUACAAGGAUUUUACUACAGAGAAAGAGAGGAUUCCUCAACUCGUCUUUGCGGAGCUUGCUUUAUUGGUGUUACUGGUAUCUCCGCUAUUCUAUUCGGAUCAUGACGUAUCGUUUGUGUUGUACAUGUCGUUAUUCACCAUAUCGUUGUUCAUCGGUGGGACAGGUCUGAUUCAGCUAUCAGAUAAAUUUAGGAUGGAGAUGAAACAUGCUUAUAUCACGCUUCUCUGCGGUUUGCUGUGUUGGCUUUUUGGGAUUUAUUUUUCUAUUUACGGCGAACACAAUUCGGUAGUGACAAUGAUUCUUCUCGUAGUUUAUUCUAUGUUUGUCAUGUUUAUCUAUAUUUAUAAUACUUACAACAGAGAGGAAUUCCCUAUGAAUUCCAGGGUUUCCCCUCUUCCUGCUUAAUUCUCUUGCUCAGGAGAUAAGUGUUUCUUUAUUGACUUGGUAUGACUAUAUAGUGAUCCCCCAAGAAAGAUACAAUAUUGUAAUUUUUACUCUAAUAAUUAAUGGAACCAAUCAAGUUAGAUAAGCUUCUUCUUGAGGAAGAAGCGUUUGAGAUGCCAAACUUGAAAAAGCGAAACUGUAAUAGAGAGACCUAAUGACAUAAAGCUAAACUGUGCAACCCUCUUGUUAGUCUUGUCGUUUACUUCCCUCAUAUAUGCUUCCCUGCACAAUAUUUUUAUAAUUAGCAAAGAUUCAUCAAAAGAGAGAGAGAUAAGAGUUUUAAGAUUUCAAACUGAGAAGAUGGUGUAAAUAACCUGACUCUUAGAUAGAUAAUGUUUGCGCUAAUUUCAUUAACACAUUCUUCAGAUUUUCGAAGCUCAAGCUAUUCAUCCACACAUGUGUUUUAAUUUGCAGAAAAUAUUGUAUUAUAUGAAUUAUGAAUUAAUUGUGCCUCGAUCUUUUGUUUCUUGGCAACAGCAUCCCAGUCUUUGGUUCGAAUCCCCAUCUUCCAGUCAAGACUGACUAUAGCAGUGCCAUUGACUGUGUAAUGUGACUGAUCAUGAUGAGACGACAAACAAGCAAAGUAUGUUCCUGUCUCGCUCGUUGUAAACGCAAACUGACCAUGCGUCUCGUUUGUUUUUUUUGUAUAGUUCCUUCCCGUUAGGUGAUGAUACCUGUAACCAACGCAUUACACACGCACUUAGAAUAUAUAUAACUUAGUCCUAUUUCUCUUACUCUACCAAUACUAGAAGUUAUAGAUAUAACAUUUGUAAACCGAUCAAUAUGUAGCACAUAUGACCCUGAUUAUGACCGGAGCUAUGACAGGUAUGUCGUGGAUCCUGCAUGCAUGUAAACACCUUUCCAUCCUUCUUAAACAUGUGACACUCAAGAAGCUUAAUAUUGGUAUAGUGUAAAGUUUUUGUUCUUAAACAUGUGACACUCAAGAAGCUUAAACAUGUGACACUCAAGAAGCUUAAUAUUGGUGUAAGACUUUCUUGUUGGUUGAGACGAAUUCAGAUUUGGCUAAGGAGAAAGCCAAGCUAGAAGAUAAAGUUGCUGAAACUCUUAAGUAUGCUUCAGAGAAAGAAGAAGAAGCACAACAGGCUGGUGCUCAACUUGCAGAGACUCAGAAGAAUUUGAGGAUGCUGAAUAAGGGACGAAUCAGCUAGAUCAUCUUCUCAGUAUGGGGCAAAGUGAUAGAUGUGGUCUUGGAUAUCAAGGAGAAUGUUUGAAAGCUGAAGGUGUUUUUGUAUCAGCAGAUAAAACUAAGGAUGUAGCUACGUCUGCUACAAAGCCUGAGGUUAAGAGUUUUGCUGGGAAUGCAACAAAUAGAAAGACUAUAGUGAAGCUUGCAACUGGUGUGAAGAAUGUGACUGCUACGCGUAGAUACAACUGAUAUGGUAUUGAAACAAUUAUUGCACGACGUCGUUUUUAUCGUUUCGAAUUGAAAAUAUAUAAAAAGACAUACCCGAGAUUCGAACCCUGGUCUCACUCAAGCAACAAAGGAAACACAAACCACCAUGCUACUGCAGCCAUAUCAUUAACGUAACAGAUUAUUAAUUACUUUAACACAUUUAUGAUCUUUUGAAAUAUAUUAAUAACUAAUAACUCAUAUAUCAUCUCAUCAUUAAAAAUUAUAUAAAUAUAUAUCAUAUUAAUGAAAAAAAAUAAAUAUAAUUACAAAUAUAAUUUUUACAUCAACUUAUAUAUUAUAUUUUUUAUACAUUUU